CUGAUUAAUUUGACAAAAGUUGCUGUUUCUAACUAGUUAAACUAAAAGUGCAAAAAGACUAGUUUCUUCCUUUGUAUAAAAAGAAAGGGCUUGUUUGACUUGACUCCAAAAAUCAUUUUUGAGACACAAAUUCAACCCCAUUCUCCCGCUAAUCUCGCCACUUCUCACAAAUCACACCAAACAUUCCCCUCCCUCAAACCUCAUUCAUUCUCCAAACAAUGAUUCUAAUUCUACAAAAUUUCUUCAUCUUCUUCUCCAUCUUCAUCACUACCACCAUCUCCACCUCAACUCCAUCCCCUCCCUACGGCUUGUCCUCCUACCAUAUCAACUGCGGCACUUCAACUAACUUCACUGACUCCUUCAACACAACAUGGCUCUCCGACCGUUUCUUCUCCGGCGGAUCCGCCUCCGACGUCUCCGAGCCUCUCCGCUUCAAACUCCCCUCCGAAAAAACGCUCCGGUUCUUCCCUUCUUCUUCCAGCGGCAAGAAAAACUGUUACUCUUUCUCUUCUCUCCCCUCUGCACGUUACCUUCUCCGCACUUUCACCGUUUAUGAUAACUUCGACGACAAGUCACGUCCUCCCUCCUUCGAUGUUGCCCUCUCAGGCACCAUCAUUUUCAACUGGCGAUCACCCUGGCCGGAGUCCACAGCUCGCGACGGUGCUUACUCUGAUAUAUUCGCCUUCCUCAACACUUCUUUAUUAGCCUCUGAUCUUUGCUUCUAUGGCUUUGCUACCGAUGCUCCGAUUGUCUCUUCCAUCGAGCUUUUUCCUGUUGAUUCCGCUUCAUAUGAUUCUAACUCCACAGGAGAAAAUCUCAUUCUUGUUAACUAUGGUAGAAUCUCAUGCGGCUCAGAUGAUCCUUGGGGUCCUGGCUUCACCAAUGACACUGACAAAUUCGGCCGGUCAUGGCAACCGGACGAACCAUUACUAUCCAGACCGGAUGAAACUGUUAGAUAUGUAACUACGGGGAGCACAAUACGCGGUGCGGAUAAGGAGCCUAACUAUUUUCCGAUGAAGCUUUACCAAACGGCUGUGACGAAUGAGGUGGAUUCGUUGGAGUAUGAAUUGAGUGUGGACGCGAAGAUGGACUAUAUGGUGUGGCUGCACUUUGCUGAGAUUGAUGCGAGUGUUAAAAAAGCUGGAGAAAGAGUGUUUGAUGUGUUCAUCAAUGGAAAGAAUGUAACUAGAGUUGAUAUAUACAGAGAAGUGGGUGGUUUUGCUGCUUUUACUUGGCAUCAUGUUGUUAAAAACUUGAGCAGUAAUGUUUUGGGGAUUAAACUUGUUGCUGUUUCUGGUGCUCCUCUUAUUAGUGGCAUUGAGAAUUAUGCAUUGGUUCCUAAUGAACCUUCGACUCACCCUCUUCAAGUAAGUGCUAUGAAGUCGUUGAAAGAAUCUCUUCGAAUUCCGGGGAGAAUGGGUUGGAAUGGUGAUCCUUGUGCUCCUACAACUUGGGAUGCUUGGGAAGGUGUUACCUGCCGUAUCAGUGAUGAUAAAUCUGCUCUCCUUAUUACUGAAAUAAAUCUUGGCAGUCAAGGCUUAAAAGGGAGCAUAAGUGACCAGAUUAGUCAUUUAUCAGACUUAGUAAGCCUGAACUUGAGUUCUAAUUCCUUGGGAGGCGAAAUACCAUCAGAACUAGGUCAAAAAUCCAUGGUUCAAGUGGAUUUAUCCAACAAUCAGUUAACAGGCUAUAUACCUGACAGUUUGGCAUCUUCAAAUUUGCUGCUGGUGCUAUUGAAUGAUAACCUAUUGGAAGGACAAGUGCCAGCGCAACUUUUUUCCGUUGGUGUGCGCGGUGGAGCUAUUGAUCUCUCUGGCAACAAAGAUUUGUGCGGUGUACCAUCUCUACCACCAUGUUGGAAGCAAGGCCGAUUUUCGACUGGGGCUAAAAUUGCGAUAGUCUUGUCAUGUAUUUUUGUUUUCUGCAUUGUACUGCUGCUGGUGUAUAUCUACUGCAUACGGAAAAGCAACGAUUAUGACUUUAAUCUACCCUAUGAUAUAAUGGCUCUAGCCGCCAAGAGAAGCAAAUAUCAGAGGCAGAAAUCAUUGGCGCUACUUGAGCUGGAGAAUCGAUACGCCAAGGGGUUUCCUUCACCGUUUACUCCUGAAUAACAUGUUUUAAUGAGGAUAAAAGACUGGUUUCACAAUUUUCAGAUAAAUAUACACAGUUACUGCAUAAAGAAAAUAGUUCAAAGCAAACUUUGGGCAACCCUGCUCAACCUUGACGCAGCGCGAUACUGCCUCAACGAAGAUUCCACAUGCUGUUUUACAUAUUACACUUUGACAAUCGAUUCCUGAACAAUCUAUUCGAGAAAUGCCCUGGUAAAUGGUUCUCGUUUACUAAUAUAACUAGCCUUCUGUAUCUUUGGAUGAAUGCCUGUAGGAACUAGGAAAACUCAUCAAUGUAUACUAUUUCUGCUCCAAGUUCAGUGUCUGUAUUUUUCAAGUAAUCGUAAUCAGUGUGUUUUUUAUGUAGAGAGCCUUUAGUCUUUUUCUUGCUGCAAUGGUGUAACAAAAUGGAUAAUUCAAGUGAGAACGCUUUGUUAUUAUGGAAACUGAUGCACUAAACUCUUACAGUUUAGUUCACCUUGAUUAAAACUAGUGACUUGGAUUUGUUUAUAACUAAAAAGAACCAUUUGAAUAAGCUGCUCUGAAACCUUUCCUUCUCUUCCCAACUCGUUCCUUUAAGUCAAUUGGAGAGAACUGUCAUUUGAUUCAAAACAACAAUUGACCUUGGAAGUUUAUUCCCCUAAUGUCUCUGGUGGAUUGUCGCUUCUGUUUAACUAAAAUUCAUGUUAGUUAAUUCUAUUAGAAGUUAGUUAGCAGUUAAUAUGCAAAGUUA